AUGCUCCCCCUAAUACGCCGCCUCCCCGCCGCUCCCUCCCGCCUAGCCGCCCUCGCACUCCGCCGACCACACCGUCGAGCUGCGACGGCGGCCUCGACGACGACGACAGGGACACCCGCGGUAUCCUCCUCCCGUCUCGCGGGCUCGCCGCCAGCAGAGAACCCAGCAGCGGAUCAGGGGAGCGAGUUGGAGCCCCGACCCGAACCCCUGGACCGGGACUGGGGCUCAACGCUGUCCCGGGCGGACCUUACAGAGGUUGCCGGAAUCCUCCGGCGGUUGCGCGACGAGCAGAUCAGUCUGGGCCUGGGCACCUUCAAUCUGCUGCUGAAGCGAGCGUGCGAAGCAGACGACUUCCUUCUCUUCGCCAAGGUAUUCAGACACUUGCUGCUCUCCAAAGCUGCUCCCGACUUGACUUCCUACAUGUGUGUCGCCAGGGCCAUUGGGGGUCUAGAUGACAAUGAACUGUUACUCAAGUUUGUGAGAGAGGUAUUGGAGAUCACAAAUGGCAGAGACCCCACGGUGGCGAAUCGCAUUGUUUUCGCCGCGGGUAGAUAUGGGCGCCUCGAUAAAUGCUUGAUCAUUUUCGAGGAGCUGAAGAAAGAUAGGAGAUGCUUGGAUAUUGUCACCUUCAACACUGUCUUGGACAUGCUAGGGAAAGUUGGUCGGGUGGGCGAAAUGCUUGGGGAGGUGAAGCUGAUGGAGGAACUUGGCAUUUCUCCUGACAUCGUGACGUAUAAUACAGUGAUAAACUGCCUGCGUAGGCUUGGAAGAUUGAGUCUGUGCAAAAGCUUUGCAAGAGAGAUGUUUGAGAGAGGCAUCAGUCCGGAUUUGAGAACGUAUACCGCGCUAAUUGAUUGUUUUGGAAGGGCAGGGCAUAUUGCUGAUGCCCUCGAGGCGUUUGAGCAGAUGAAGAAGUCGCACCAACCUUCGAUUUAUGUCUAUCGGGCACUGAUCAGUGACAUGAAAAAAGCUGGGCGGUUUGAGUUAGCAGAAAAGCUCACCGAUGAGAUGAAUUCGAGUGCGUCUGAUUUGUUAGGCCCUGAAGAUUUCAGGCAGAAGUCCAAGGGAAGAAGGGCCAGGAACAGCAGCAGGUAA